UCGGGUCCAUCGGGCACGUUUACAUUUACCUCUUGACGGCGCUCACCAAGCACCAGCACAUGGACGAAGCAUACCAGCUACUGACCGUUCGCGUCGGCCGAGCCGACGAGGCCAGCGGCGCCGACAUGGUUCCAUCCUUCCUCCGACUCACGCUCGAGCUGUUGAGUCGCCUCAAGCUCGAGACGAGCCCGCGCUUUUGGCUCCAGAGCAUCACGUCGGCGACUAGCAUUGACAACAUGUCGCUCGCUCUCCAAGUCUACGAUGCAAUGCGGGCCAAGUGCAUCAAGCCUCGACCUGACGCCGCCCACGUGCUGCUCGAGUACCUGCACCCGCGGAAUGGCGCGACCGACGCGAGCUCGUCCUUUGUCCGCAUUUACAAGGACGUCGUCGAGGCGCGUGCCACGUCACCGGCCAUUUUCCUCUUGGCGCUGGACGCCGCGGCGUACAUGCAGGAUGCGGCGCUCGUCAAGACGAUCCUACAUGACGUGGACGCUGCGGACGUUGCAAUGGGCCACGGGCUCCUCAACGCUGCGCUGCGUGCCCUUGCGUCAACAAACAACGACGGCACCCACGCCCAAGUAGCCACCGAGUUGACAGCCCGCAUGAUUGCAGCGGAAAUCAAACCGACGCACGCGACGCUAUCUGCCAUCGUCCGCCUCCACGCCCACUCGCUUAACGACCUGCACACGCCGCUGACGGCGUUGGCGCCGGCGUUUUCCAUGCCGACGCACCCGACCGUGACCGACCCUGCGUCACACGUCGCGUGCCUCGGUCUUGUCCAUUGGAUUCGAUACGAAAACGGAGGUCGCGCCGCCUCGGACGUACUGACGGCGCUGCUAGCGUCGCCAACCUGGCACGUGGAUGCCGUCGUGCGAGACCGGGUCGUCCACGCCUUGGUGCUGGCCCACGAGUUUGAACUGGCCGCGCACUGGAUGCUCACUGACGCGCCGCUGCGCCAUGACGUGUACGCGUCGUGGUUCUCGACCGCAUUUUCGGCGAACGCGCCGCUGACGUCGGCCGUCGACGUGUUCAAGGCAUGGCAGGCGACGGGGUCGGUCACGCUCCAUGACUUUGGCGACGUCAUCUACUACCUCUGCCAGCGCCAGGACCUCACCAGCGCCCUCGACGUCUUUGAGCUUCUCCACGAGCCACCAACCGAGAAGAUCUGCGUGGCACUGAUGAAAGCUCUGCACUCGGAGCAGACACGGGCGUCGAUCGACAGCAGCUUCAAGGACUUCUUUCGGCUCGCGGUUGCCCGGGGCGAUGCGAAGGCACCCGCGUUCCACUCGGCGCUCAACCUCGCCGUGACCUCGGCGGACGAAGGCUUUGUGCGUGAGAUCCUUGAGGCGAUGGUGCUCUCGUACACCGUCGACGACACGCCAACGUGGCGCUUGGACCAAGCCGCGUACAACAAGGCGCUGUACGCUUGCGCGACACACCCGAACCUUCACGCGCUCGGACUGCGCGUCUUUGAGCACAUGCACCAGUGCGUCGAUGCCACGUCGUUUUCUAGACCAAUGGACAAUCUCUCUCUCUUGUUUAGACACCGGGUCGAGAUCAACGAACUGACCAUGAUGGCAUGUGCCAAAAUGGCCAAGUCGUUCCCCGCGUCCUCGGCCACGUUGAAGCUCCUCGCGGAUUUCAAAGAGUAG